AUGAGUGACGCGCAGGAGAGAUUUCGCAAUAUUCGUCUGCAGGAGGAGUAUGACACUCAUGAUCCUAAGGAAAAUAGUUCUUUGUCAUUGCCAUUUCUGAAGAAGAGGUCAAAAAUUAUUGAGAUAGUUGCUACCCGUGAUAUUGUCUUUGCUCUAGCGCAAUCGGGUGUCUGUGCAGCAUUCAGCCGAGAGUCUAACCAGAGGAUAUGCUUCCUUAAUGUCUGUCCUGAUGAAGUUAUCAGGAGCUUGUUUUACAACAAAAACAAUGACUCGCUCAUAACAGUUUCUGUUUAUGCCUCAGAUAACUUCAGUUCAUUAAAAUGCAGAACCACAAGGAUCGAGUACAUUCGAAGCGGUAAACCCGAUGCUGGAUUCCCUCUGUUUGAGUCUGAGUCUUUGAAGUGGCCUGGAUUUGUGGAGUUUGAUGAUGUGAAUGGGAAGGUUCUGACUUAUUCCGCACAUGACGUCAUAUACAAGGUGUUUGACCUGAAGAACUACACCAUGCUAUACUCCAUAUCGGAUAAAAACGUUCAAGAUAUUAAGAUCAGCCCAGGUAUCAUGCUAUUGAUUUUUACCAAAUCCCACGAUAGUGUCCCGUUAAAGAUCCUCUCUAUUGAGGACGGUACUGUCUUAAAAUCUUUUAGCCAUCCCCUUCACAAAAAUAAGAAGGUUGAUUUCAUAGAACAAUUCAACGAGAAGCUUUUCGUCAAGCAAGAGAACGAGAAUCUACAGAUUGUCGAUGUUCGUAAUACCGAGAUAACGGAAGUUAGCAGGACCGAGUUUAUGACCCCGUCUGCAUUCAUAUUUCUGUACGAGAACCAACUGUUUCUGACGUUCAGAAACCGAACUGUCGCUGUUUGGAAUUUAAGAGGGGAGCUUGUGACCUCGUUCGAGGAUCACCUCCUUUGGCAUCCUGAUUGCAAUACGAACAACAUAUACAUCACGAGCGACCAGGACCUUAUCAUCUCUUACUGCAAGGCAGACUCGGAAGAACCACUUUCUGAUGGACAUGCCGGUUCUAUAAAUAUCAGCAAUACCCUGACGGGCGAGUGCUUAGCCAAGAUAAAGGCGAGCAAUGGCACUGUGGCCGAGGCUCUUGAGGAUAUAACCGCACUAUUCUACAAUGAAGAUCGUAACGAAAUAUACACUGGGAAUAAACUCGGUCUCGUUCACGUUUGGUCCAUGAUGAAGACGAUACCGCGAUCGCGUAUUUGA